AUGACGGUGGAUGUGUUGAAAAGAGCAAGAUUGGAAACAGCAAUCUGGGCUGCAAAGCUGUUACUGCUUUGUGUAGGGACAGUCUCCACUUUGGUAUUCUUCAAAGCGUCAAUCAUUCCUUACCUUCUGAAUCUCACUGUUUCCAUUGUUCCCCAGCUAUGGACCUCUUUCAAAAGCUGCUUCUUAUCUCCACUUUACAUCUACAUCAUCCUCAACUUCAUCAUCAUCACCAUUGCUGCCUCCUCCACAUUCCAAAACCAAAAACAACACCAGCAGCCCUCUUCUUCUUCUUCUUCUUCUUCUUCUUCUUCUGUACGCUUCAGCUCCUUCAUUAGUGACAAUGCAGCCAAAACCGCCGACAAUAUUGACAGUGGUAGCAAUUAUAUCUAUAGUCCAGACAACAACAACAGCAGCAUCCAAUCCGAGUCUCUGUCCCAGCAGCAACAGCAGCAGCCCAAAAUCCAAAGUCUUUCCAAAGACACAAUCCGAAGUCUUUCCAAAGAGGAUGUAACUGCUCUAUUAUUUUCUCCAUCCUCUCAUGGCCACUCGAAUAAUGAAAUGAUGAGCUGGCAUGACAUACACAUGGUACAAGCUGAUGAUGGCAAACAAGAAGCAGCAGCAGAAGACGAUGAUGAUGAUGAUCAGGGAUUUGACCCUUCACCGGAAAUGCCCUCCGGUGACUUGUUGACGAAAUCUGUGGAGAUGCCGAGACUGGAGGUGGAGGUGGGAGAGCAUAUUAACACACUGGACACCACAUGGAAGGCCAUCAUGGAGGGGCAAGGCAAGGCAGUUGGUAGGCACCUAAAAAAGAGUGACACUUGGGAUACCCCUCCUCGCUUGACCCAAUUGGCCCUCACAAGGAAUAAACUCAAAGGGGGUCUUGACCAUCAAGUACAAUUACAUCACUCUAACUUAGACGGUGAUGAUGAUGAUAAUGAUGAUGAUGGUCAUGGAGAGGAUGAUGCAGUGACAUGGGCUCGCCAGGAGCUGAAGAAAUCAGACACUUUUAGCGACAGGGUGUCGUUGAGAAGGGAAAAGUCCAUGACUCAGGAAGAGUUGAACCAGCGAGCAGAGGCGUUCAUCAAGAAGUUCAACAAUGACAUGAGGCUUCAGAGGCUAGAAUCUGAUCAACGCCGUUUCAGGGAGAUUGUGAACGGUGGCCUCUAG